CGCCGAGUGCGCUCCACGGUAAGUGCGCGGCGUGGCGUGUACGUGAUGACGUCGGGCGCUGUGUGGGGCUGAUUGCUGCAGUCGCUUGUCAGUCUGAUGAAGAUUGGCAUUCAGGGUCACUGACUUCCUCUUCAUGAUGCAAAUGUGGAAACAGCUUUUCUUGAAACCAUGAUGGCAACACAGCCGAUCCCUCUUGAUUCCUAUCAGGACGAACAGUCGUUUCAAAAUAGCAAAAAAGGAAAAGGGCCCGAAGCAAAAGUUUGGGCACCAUGCAUGAUGCCAGUUGUACCACAGAUGACCAGCAACACUGAGCCAGGGUCCAGCUGCACCAAAUCAGAUCCUGAUGCAUCAAGUCCUGUACCUGCAGAGUCACAGACAUCUAUGGAUGCUGAUAAAGGAGCCAUUUACAGACAUCCUCUGUUCCCACUCUUGGCUCUUCUUUUUGAAAAAUGUGAGCAGUCGACCCAAGGCUCUGAAUGUAUCACUUCGGCAAGCUUUGAUGUGGACAUUGAAAACUUUGUUCGCAAACAGGAAAAGGAAGGGAAGCCAUUUUUCAGUGAAGACCCAGAGAUUGAUAAUCUGAUGGUGAAAGCAAUCCAAGUGCUGCGUAUUCAUCUGUUGGAGCUAGAGAAGGUUAAUGACUUGUGCAAAGAUUUCUGUAACCGUUACAUUGCAUGUUUGAAGACAAAAAUGAACAGUGAAAACCUGCUGAGUUCUGAUCCUGGUGGACCUUAUGCUUCUGUUCAAACUCAGCAGCUUCCUGUUCAGAAUACAACUAUCAGCACUCUACCUGGCACAAUCAGUCCCCAGGGAAUUGUGGUUCCAGCUACAGCACUCCAACAGGGAAAUGUCACAGUGACUACUGUCAACCCCACACAAGUUGUAUCAGGUGGGGCAGUUUAUCAGCCUGUUACCGUGGUUACUCCUCAAGGUCAGGUAGUGACACAAACACAUGGAACAAUCCGAAUCCAGAAUGCACAGCUUCAACUGCAACUAAAUCAAGAUGUGAAUGUCUUGCAUCAAGACAGUGAGAAUUCUCCAAAAAGUAAACGUGGAGUGUUGCCAAAGCAAGCUACAAAUAUAAUGAGGUCCUGGUUGUUCCAGCACAUUGCGCAUCCUUACCCUACAGAAGAUGAGAAGAGGCAAAUCGCAAGCCAGACUAACCUCACACUACUCCAGGUCAACAAUUGGUUCAUCAAUGCUCGAAGGCGGAUAUUACAACCUAUGCUUGAUGCCAGUAAUCCUGACACUCCACCGAAGGCUAAGAAGAUCAAGACACAGAGUCGGCCAGUGCAGCGGUUCUGGCCAGAUUCCAUUGCAUCGGGAGCGGCUCAGCAGCAUGUAGCGAGUAUUACCGUAUCAGACAGUGCAAUGGUCUCAAUAUCAAGUCCAGUGAACGUGAAUGUGGACAGUCUGCAGUCUUUAUCUUCUGAUGGAGCAACUCUGGCUGUACAGCAGGUGAUGAUGGCUGGACAGAGCGGCGAGGAUUCUGGUAACAGUGUUGAAGAGGAUGACAGUGAUCUCUCUACAACAAACAUAACUGUCCUGGCCUUAGAAAACAGUGACUCACUGCAAUAAGCACAAGUUGGAAACAACGUGAAAGACAUGGGAAGCACUCUGACCAGACAUUUAUAUUCUUUGCACUCACAGUGCAUUUUAUUUCUGAUCUAUUUUAUACAUUGGUAGGAGAGCACACUUUUCUAUCUCACCUUGUAUUGAAUGAAUGAGGCUUGAUUAUUCUCACAUUGAACUAACUGCUUUAAUUUGAGAAGAUGGGAACAUUUAUCGAUUGACGUUCAGAUUCAGGCUGAAGGUUACAACUUUGCCUUCGUUCAUUCAUUCAGAAAUAACUGGCUGUAAUUGAUAGGUGAUUUGCAGAAAUUCAGCAUAACUGCUCAACAAACAAGAAGAAAUUAUUGGAUCAAAUCCUGCUUUGGUUUAUAGUUAAUGAAUUUUAUUGUAAAAAAAAAACAUUUUGUAGACAGUGCCCCAUGUACUUUGUACUAACUUUGGAGGGCAUGGGUCUCUGAACAGAAUGGAGCCCUAUUUGAGGUGAGCACCAGACACAGGAAGGUAGUAUUUGAAGAUAGUGGUGAGCACGGAGUCAGGGAGGUGUAUCACUGGCCAGAAGCUGGUGCUGAGUAGUAUGCCCACAUUACAUAAUCAUCAUGGGCAAUUUCUUCCUGUAUCCUUGCACCAGAGUUAGGGUUAGAGUACAGGACUGGAUUGAACAGUCACUCGAUUUCAGUCUGUUUCUUUACUCGUGCAACUCUCACUGAAGUGAAAACCCAUAACUACAUGUCAUUUCCCCCUUUUAUGUUUAUUACUGGAGCAUCUUUCAUCCCGACAGCUAGUUAGUGAAGGGGAAAGAAGAGCAGGCUCUGUGCUGAUGAUGGAACAAUGAUAUCAUACUGUGGCACCACCAUGGGAACAGUGUCCUAGGUGCCAGAACCAGUCCUUUGUGCAGGAAGAUUACAAACAAGUGUAUUGCCUGUUGGAUAUAUGCUGUGCAUCAUCACCAGCAGAACCAGUGUGAGAGAUCAGCCUCUCAGCUAUGGUCUGUUCACUCUUUUCUGCUCACUUCAUUUUCAGUUCUUUAUUUGACCAACUUUGUUGAGAUUCUUUGUGCCAUUAAUACAAAUAACAUAAGCUUUAUAUAUUUUAAGUAUUUUAAGAAUAAGUGCCGUAGCUCUGCAGUGAAUAUGGGUGCUAAUCAGUUCCUUGCUCCUUAGGGAAUUAUUCAUACACUCCUUCCCAUCCCUCCUCAGUCUGCAAUUUCCUGGCAUUGGCUGUUCUUCCUAUGAGCCAAGACAGAUGAAGCUGUGAAGCAGCUUGUUUCCUCAGAACUGGGUUGAGCUCAGGAUCAGGAACUCUCACUGCAACCCCAUGAGAGUCAGCUAGAGAUAGAGAGUGAGUAUUUCAUAUCACCACACUCACCCACUGAGUUAGGAGGAGCGUUGUUUACUUCAUUAUUAUUUGUCUCAUUUAUAAACUGAAGAGAAGCAUCAUACUAGAUUUAAAUUAUAUUCUUGUUACAAUGCUA